UCUGGCAUCUCUUAUUCCGAAACACGCGCAAAGAAAUGCAAAAUAUUAGUUAGCAAAGGUGUUUAUAUUAAAAUACUCUGCUUAAAUUGAGCCUGCUCAUUAGGGAACACCACACUACCUCCGCGUAAAGUUCUUAAGACACUUACAAAGGCCACAAACCGACAGAAGCUACCAUGGCUGGCGUACUCUUCGAGGACAUCUUCAACGUUAAGGACAUGGACCCGGAGGGCAAGAAGUUCGAUCGUGUGUCCCGCCUGCACUGCGAGUCCGAGUCCUUCAAGAUGGACCUCAUCCUGGACAUCAACUCGUGGCUCUAUCCCAUGGAGCUGGGCGACAAGUUCCGUCUGGUCCUGGCCACCACGCUGCGCGAGGAUGGCUGCCCGGACAGCGGGGAGUACAAUCCAAUGGAGCACGAGGGCACGCGGGCGGACAGCUUCGAGUACGUCAUGUACGGCAAAAUCUACCGGAUCGAGGGCGACGAGGCGCACAACGAGGCUUCCCGGCUCUCCGCCUACGUGUCCUUCGGCGGCCUGCUAAUGCGACUGCAAGGGGACGCGAACAACCUUCACGGCUUUGAGGUGGAUCAGCACAUGUACCUGUUGAUGAAGAGACUGGCCUUCUGAAUUUCCCUUCUACUUGUUUCCGUUCGAAAAUUAGACAUAAACAACAAACUUUA